UCCUUCGAUAAGUGGAUCUUGGAACCAUGCAGUGUGUUUGGCCAAACAUGUAAAAGGCUGGUUGCUUGGGGGAAAUUUAUUUUGUUACUUUAAGCUAACAUAAAUGUGUAAACCUGCUAAAUAGUACAUUCUUUUGGUGGGCUAACAACUUUUAUGGCUGUAUUCAUAAGUCUGUGCAUGGCCAUUAAGUCAAACUAUAAAUAGGAAGACUACCCGUAGUAGAGUAUGUUAAGAGAUCAAGACCAUAAAGACUGGUGUCAUGCUGACUGUAUACACAUCUGCUUGGUAGUCUCCUUGCUUUCAAAGCAACUGAUUUCACAGGAAGUGUGCUGAAAAGCACAGCAUUGGGAAAAAGAUUGUUUGUGAUGCUGCUAAUAGGCGAUUGGUUGGUCAUAGUGAUUGCUGUGACAGCGGUGGGAUCAAUGCAGAGCUAAACUGACACAUGGGAAGCAUAGAAUAAUGUGAGUGGAUGGUGAUCAUCUUCCUGAUAUGACAUAAAGCAAAGCAAUAGAUAUGGCAAUCUAGGGUGUUGAGAAUUUAAAACAUGGAGAGAACAGAUGGUGUGACUCUCUUGUCUGAAGCAAGACAGUGAUCUUGAAGUGUGAGCUGUAUAAUGCUGGGUGUUUUUUCAGGACAGGAUAUACUUGAAGGAGUACAGAAAAUGCACAAAACCUUUGCCAGAGAAUUCAGCUUUUUAAAGAAUCUGACAUUUCAUAUCAUAAAAGUGGAUCCUAACAAGGAGCGCCGUGAAGCUGUGAAGCGCAAGAUCACCCAGUACUUGAAACGUGCCGAGGAAAUAUUCAUCUGCCACCUACAACGGACUUCAGGGAAUGGAAAUUCCACUAAUAUGGGUUACAGCAGCCUUCGCUUUCGGCCAAUUAGGACACUCAGGACACCAGUGGAAAACCUGAGGCACUGUAAAGUUGUAGGAGUAAUUGACAAGGUGCAGAUAGUGCAGGACCCAGCAACUGGGAAGACCUUUAUACUGAAGAGCCUCACCAAAUCCUAUGUAGAGACCUGUGGAAGACAAACAAUCAUCCCUCAUGGAAUCCCUUUCAUGACUGAACUGUUGCGCUACUAUGUGAGUGAAGACUCCAUCUUCCUUCAUUUGGAACAUGUGAAAGGGGGUACUCUCUGGUCGCAUCUUCACUCACAGCACAAUUCGUCCAAUUGUUCCAGUACAAAUCUGAAGUCCAGCUUCGCUUUGGAGCAUGCCCAUGAAGAAGAGCUUAUAGGAAGCCCCCAAAGAGCUGAUUCUAGGUUAAGGCAGAGCUGCAACAGCACUGGCCAGAUCUCAACUUCUGUAAAUCACUACAUAUCCAGAUAUGCUGAACAGUCACAUGAUCACACACAUGUCAUACCCAGUAAUGAUCAUAGGUGGCACACCAGCCCUGUCAUUGGAGGAAAUAUUGUUGGAGGGAAGAAUUUAAGUGUGACACCCAGUUUAGCUGGUGCUGCAGAAUCUACUAUCAAGCCAGUGGGCCAAGAACAUUGCCUCUUGGCCAACCAAAGGCUGUCUUUUCUGCCACACAACACACUUCACAGCUCUGUACCUGAGAGAGAGACUUCUCAGCAAAACCCAAAACAGGAAACUUGUGAGAGAGCUUCUGUUCCUGUCCCAAAGGCAGCAAAAGGAAACAACUUGUCAUUGACAGCAACUCCUUGCCGCCGCAUACCUAGGCUUAUGCGUUCCCCAGCAACUCUAUCAAGGCAAAGGCACGCCUGCCCUGGAACUGUCAUACAGAAUUGCUGCAGUCUGGAGAACCAGUGGAGUGAAGCAGAAGUGAAAGAAAGGGGAUGCCUUGCCCAGGAAGUAUUGGUUCCUGAUAAGGAACAGCACAAACAGCCAUCACCAGGACAUUAUGGCCCACCAGCACAUCAGGCUUCCAACAAGAAUGACCCUGGAGUCUGGGGUAUAAAUGAGGAUCAGAUUCAGCACUGGGCAGCAGAAGUUCUUUUGGCUUUGGAGGGUCUCCACCAACAAGGUGUUUUUUGCCAGGAUCUCAACCCACGGAACCUACUUCUAGAUGCCUCUGGUCACAUCCGUCUCACAUACUUUGGCCGCUGGACGGAAGUUGAGCCACAGUACUGCAGCCAAGCCCUGGAAGAAUUGUACUGUGCUCCAGAGGUGGGUGGAAUUUCUGAGCUGACAGACGCGUGUGAUUGGUGGAGUUUUGGAGCAUUGCUCUAUGAGUUACUGAGUGGAACGUCAUUGUCCCAGAAUCACCCCUCAGGGAUUUAUCCUCACACCCAGCUGCAUCUUCCAGAAAGACUCAGCCAUUCUGCUUCAUGUCUACUAUCAGAGCUGCUGAAGUAUGAUCCCAAGCAACGUUUGGGCUCCGGAAAAGAUGGCGUGAAAAAGAUCAAGGCACACCCUUUUUUCAGCAAUAUCCAAUGGAACAAGCUGGUUGCAUAGUGAAAGCUGAACAAGGGGAGGGUGUGUGCACAUUAUCGCCGAGUACAGGGCACUGCAGUUCAGUUUGUGGCAUGAGAUGGUCCACGUCCUUCCAGAAGCUGCUGUGCUUCAGUACAAAGAUCCCCAAGCUUAAUGACUUGGGUGGUGCUAGCAGUGCUGUUGCUCAAAAGCAAAUGGACACAGCUGGGCUGGGGUCCAGGCUUGAGUUGCUCCACUUCUGCUUCCUAACCAGACAGCAAUAGCAGCCGCGAGGAGAAGUUAGGCCUUGGAAAGGCAUUUAUGCUCCUGCAGUUACCUUCCAAGAAUCCUAGUUUUAAUAAAAGCCCCAAUAAUUCAAAAAGGCACAGGCCAGGCAAGGCUACUGCCUGAGGGUUUUAAUGCUGCCUGAAGGAUGCAAGCAGAAUCUCAGCAUUUGUUCCUUUAAAUAUUGCUGUCCUAAAUGAGGCUAGAGGGGGGAGGGUCCCUCCCUUGCUUCCUUUCUCCCUUGUUUGGGUCACCUGUCAAGCAGUGCUUUACCUUUCACUCAUCAGCACUUGCCUGAUCUCUUCCACUGGUCUGUUUUAAUUUCACCUUGCAUCAAUUAGCUGCAGUACGAACUUGAGCCCUCGCAGUUUCAUGUCAUAUUUUAGGUUAAGUACCACUAGGUGGAGGCCUUGUGUCAUAUUCCAUCAAACUCACUGCUGGUGGCUUGCAUAUGUACUUCCUGCACCCAGCUUUCUCUUCUGCAGGACUACUGAGUAUAGAAUGACUAUUACUUAGAGGGAAGAUGAGCAAAAAGCUCUUCUUGUGACCUCUCCCUGUGGAUCUGUCAUGACUGCUUGUGAACGUUCAUAAACCAAUAAAAUAUUCACAGCUUUA